GACAGGACGGGCGAGGGCUGCGCGGCUGUCCGCAGCCGCCGCCUCGCCGCAGCCGGGCCGCAGGGCGCCGCAGCGGGUGCGCGGCCUGUGAGGCGGCCGGAGCGGCGUCCUGUCAGGCGGCGAGGGCGCAGCGGACGGCGCCGCGAUGAUGCCGAUGAUAUUAACCGUGUUCUUGAGCAACAAUGAACAGAUUUUAACAGAAGUUCCUAUAACACCAGAAACCACCUGUCGAGAUGUCGUAGAAUUCUGCAAGGAACCUGGAGAGGGCAGUUGCCACCUGGCUGAAGUGUGGAGGGGAAGUGAACGCCCCAUCCCCUAUGACCACAUGAUGUAUGAACACCUGCAGAAGUGGGGGCCUCGCAGGGAAGAAGUGAAAUUUUUUCUUCGACAUGAGGACUCUCCAGCUGAGAGCAGUGAACAAGUUGUAUUCCAUGUGGCUUUGACCUCUGCAAUUGCAGAUUUGAGUAUGUUGCAACCUGUAGGCACGGGCUCUUGCUUUCUUUCGGGACAACAAGCUGGUGGCCGUCAGACCCAAGAGCAGAGAACCCAGAGAAAUGUAAUAAAUGUUCCUGGAGAAAAACGCACUGAAAAUGGGGUUGGGAAUCCACGUGUUGAACUUACCCUCUCAGAACUUCAAGAUAUGGCGGCCAGGCAACAGCAGCAAAUUGAAAAUCAGCAGCAAAUGUUGGUUGCCAAGGAACAGCGUUUACACUUUCUAAAGCAACAGGAGCGCCGCCAGCAGCAGUCUAUUUCUGAAAACGAAAAGCUUCAGAAAUUGAAAGAACGAGUCGAAGCCCAGGAGAACAAGCUGAAGAAGAUUCGUGCCAUGAGAGGACAAGUUGACUACAGCAAAAUGAUGAACGGCAAUCUGUCUGCUGAGAUAGAACGGUUCAGUGCCAUGUUCCAGGAAAAGAAGCAGGAAGUUCAGACUGCAAUCUUACGAGUUGACCAGCUUAGUCAGCAACUAGAAGAUUUAAAGAAAGGAAAACUGAAUGGGUUCCAGUCGUACAGUGGCAAGUUGACAGGACCAGCAGCGGUGGAGUUAAAACGACUAUACCAAGAGCUACAGAUUCGCAACCAGCUUAACCAGGAACAGAAUUCCAAGCUCCAGCAGCAGAAGGAGCUCUUAAACAAACGCAACAUGGAAGUGGCCAUGAUGGACAAGCGGAUCAACGAGCUGCGUGAACGCCUUUAUGGCAAGAAAAUCCAGCUGAACCGUGUGAAUGGCACAUCAUCACCACAGUCACCCCUGAGCACAUCUGGUCGGGUUGCUGCUGUGGGUCCUUAUAUCCAGGUUCCCAGUGCUGGGGGAUUUCCUCUCCCAGGGGACCCCGUAAAGCCCCAGUCUCUCACCAUUGCCUCGAAUGCUACCCACGGAAGAUCCAAAUCUGAUGGCUACAGUAGAAGUAGAGUGAUCAGCACAUGGACAGUAUCAGACCUGGACGUCGGGCCUGAUUGCAGUUCCUCACGGCACUUUGAAAGCCUGCUUGUAAACUCUAAUGAUGGAAACUGGCCAACAUUAAAGCAGAAUUCUGCUUCAGUGAAGUCAACUCAGAUGGCUGGUGGAGACUGGAAGGACUCAGGCAUGGAGGGGGCUCUGAAGCAAGGUGCCAUCUCAAGCCAGCCUUUGCCCUUGCCAGCGCUGGGAGCUACAGAAAAGCUGGGCAUCGAGAUUGGCAAAGGGCCACCUCCCAUCCCUGGUGUAGGCAAGCCACUACCCCCAAGUUAUGGGACAUACCCAAGUCCUGUGCCCCUGGGACCAGGAUCAACAAGCUCCCUGGAGAGAAGGAAAGAAGGCAGCUUGCCCAGACCUGGUGCAGGCCCACCAAGUCGGCAGAAACCUGCCCCACUGGCUCCAACAGGCAACGUUCCCCAGCCUGGCUCCUCGCAGCAGAUUCAGCAAAGGAUCUCAGUGCCACCAAGUCCCACAUACCCACCAGCGGGGCCACCUGCCUUUCCAACUGGAGAUGGAAAACCUGAGCUUCCCUUGACAGUGGCCAUUAGGCCUUUUCUGGCUGAUAAAGGGUCAAGGCCACAGUCUCCCAGGAAGGGACCUCAGACAGUAAAUUCAAGUUCUAUAUACUCCAUGUACCUGCAGCAAGCCACACCACCUAAGAAUUACCAGCCACCAGUGCAUGGCACCUUAAAUAAGUCAGUGAAAGCAGUAUAUGGUAAGCCUGUCCUGCCGUCAGGGUCAGCAUCUCCAUCACCCUUGCCAUUUCUUCAUGGGCCGCUGGGCCCAGGCACGACACAGCCUCAGCCUCCUUCAGAAUGUGCUGAGAAAGAGCCAGAACAGGAAGGCCCCCCUGGACCUGGAGAAGGCAGCACAGUGGAAAGCCUGCCGCGGCCACUCAGUCCCACCAAACUCACCCCCAUUGUGCACUCGCCACUUCGUUAUCAGAGUGAUGCGGACCUGGAGGCCCUCCGCAGGAAGCUGGCCAAUGCACCCCGACCCCUGAAGAAGCGCAGCUCUAUCACAGAGCCGGAGGGCCCUGGAGGCCCCAACAUCCAAAAGUUGCUGUAUCAACGCUUCAACACCCUGGCUGGUGGCAUGGAGGGUACCCCUUUCUACCAGCCCAGCCCUUCACAGGACUUUGUAGGCACCUUAGCAGAUGUGGACAAUGGAAAUACCAAUGCCAAUGGCAACUUGGAUGAGUCUCUCCCUCCCCGGCCCACAGCCCCACUUCCUGAGGAGCUUGCCCCAUCCUCAGAUGCCAACGAUAAUGAGUUACCUUCCCCUGAGCCAGAGGAGCUCAUUUGCCCCCAAAUGACUCAUCAAACUGCUGAGCCUACUGAGGACAAUAACAACAAUGUGGCUACAGUACCCUCCACAGAACAAAUCCCAAGUCCUGUGGCUGAGGCUCCUUCAGAGGAGGAACAAGUCCCUCCAGCACCUCUUUCCCCUGUCAUUCAUCCUCCAGCAACAUCUGCGAGCAAACGGACCAACCUGAAAAAGCCUAACUCUGAACGAACAGGACAUGGGCUGAGAGUGCGCUUCAACCCUCUUGCGCUGCUUCUAGAUGCUUCUCUGGAAGGAGAGUUUGAUCUCGUGCAGAGGAUCAUCUACGAGGUGGAAGACCCUAGCAAACCCAAUGAUGAAGGGAUCACACCCCUGCACAAUGCUGUCUGUGCUGGCCACCAUCACAUCGUGAAGUUUCUGCUGGACUUUGGUGUCAAUGUGAAUGCUGCUGACAGCGAUGGAUGGACACCACUGCAUUGUGCUGCCUCUUGCAACAGUGUCCACCUCUGCAAGCAGCUGGUGGAAAGUGGAGCUGCUAUCUUUGCCUCCACCAUCAGUGACAUUGAGACUGCUGCAGACAAGUGUGAAGAGAUGGAAGAGGGAUACAUCCAGUGUUCUCAGUUUCUAUAUGGGGUACAAGAGAAGCUGGGAGUGAUGAACAAAGGCACUGUGUAUGCUUUGUGGGACUACGAGGCCCAGAACAGCGAUGAGCUGUCCUUCCACGAAGGGGAUGCCAUCACCAUCCUGAGGCGCAAAGAUGAAAAUGAGACUGAGUGGUGGUGGGCUCGUCUUGGGGACCGGGAGGGCUAUGUGCCCAAAAACUUGCUAGGGUUGUAUCCACGGAUCAAGCCCCGGCAGCGAACACUUGCCUGACCUUUCCCUGGAGUACCACAUUGGCUCCUGGGAACUACUGGAAGGAUUCCAGCGGCCCUGGAGAAACUGAAGUUAGGCCAGUCUCAUGGUGCUCACUUUAGCAGACAGUAUCCACAAUGUGAAUCCCAGCUUCCCAGGGAGGCCUUCCAGUCUGCAGUAACUGGACAGGUAGUACUUUGGCCUUCAGAAGACUGCAUUUUUGCCAAUUACUGUAAAUCCAAAUAAAUAUCCAGCUUCCAAAACACCCA